AGUAGAACUUUACAGUUACAUAUGCAACAACACGGUGCCAUUUGCACUUAAGACUGGCAACCAUAGGAAGCAAAGACGGGUACAAAGAGAGACCUAAAGAGAAGAAGAGGAGAACGGUCGUUCUGUGCCAUGUUGGCUGAAGGUUUUCUCAGAGUGCUGCGUUACAGGGAGGAGAGAAAGUUUGCCACUGCUUCCAAGAUUAAGAGAUCGCAGACACACACUCCUGGUCCGGAUCAGUUCACCGGUGUUGUCUCCGAGUCCAUCUCCACAGACCCACAGACAGAUUCAGCUGAAGCAGGUCCAAACCAGGAAGAACUAGACAACACCCAAUUCCAAGGACUGAAAGUGGUCCCUCGAGGUCCUUUAUGCCUCUUGAUCCCUGGGUGUCCAGCUGACCCUACAGUUUUCCUAGACAACUGUAGCCUCCUGGACCAGUACCCAGAUCUGCAGGUGGCCGACUCAGGCCUCAUCUCACACAACCCACCGAGAGCCACCGUCCCCCUGCAGGGCUUUCACACUCAGCCUCUUGCCACAGAAGCCUUCCGUCACCCAGAAUGGGCAACCCAACAGGGCCCGCAAGGCGAGCCUGUCCUAUCGAUACCAGACCAGGGUUAUCUGGUUAUGGGGGCCAGCGUGAACAACAGCUUGGAUCUACCCGGAUCAGGCUUGGAGCCUAUGUCUAACUCUUUGCUGAAUGGGCUGCUGGAGAAACAGCUGGAGGAGGUGUACAUGCAACAUCUGACUGACAACUUGGCUCGAUGUAACUCCCACCUGGGGAACAGCCUCCUGCACGGCCUGGUGCCUCUGCCACACGGGCUGGGCCCGGACUCUCUGGAGGCCGGUCUGGAUCAGGGAUCAAGAGGGGACAGCGGAAGGAUUAGCUACCUGAGCACCCAGAACUUGGUUCCCUGCUCGUCCAACUUCAGCUCUCCUGUGCUGAGGAUUUCAGAGGCUGACAGUCCUCAUCUGCAAUGAAUGCAAUCAUGCACACUCUCUGCAAAAGUAUUACGUUCACCUACGUGAUAGUAACUAAAGGCUUUUUAUGUGUCUUCUGCACUGCAACCUCCAAGUUUACACAUCCCCAAUGCAACUCAGACUUAAAAACAAGUGCAAUUCAUCACAUUUUAUGUUUUUCUACCUGUAUUUACAGCAUGUCUGUGUUUUCUUGCUUGAUGAAAUCAAGCCUGCUCUCAUGCGCCA